AUGGCUGAUAAGUGUCACUUGUGUCUACUGGGACUGAUCUUUCUCUCUUCACUUCUCACAGGUUCCAGUGGAGUGAAUGAGACUUCUGUGUUCAUCAGUUCUGGUGAAGAUGUCCGUCUGCCCUGUAAUAAUGCUCUUUCUGACUGUAAAUCAACUACAUGGAACUAUGAAAGAUUCAGAGAUUCAGCAGCAGUUGAACUGUUUGCUGGAGGGAGAAAGAAGACAGACACAGAGAGACAUGAGAGACUGAGUCUGGAGUCUGACUGCUCUCUGAACAUCAACAAUGUCACAAAACGAGAUGGUGGACUUUACUUCUGCAGACAAUAUGUGAAUAAUGAACAACAGGGAACUGAUGCUCGUGUUUUUCUGCAUGUUCUUCAUGUCUCUUCUUCAUCCUCACAGACUGAGGUCAGUGCAGGCCGGACUGUGACUUUUUCCUGUCAGUUUUAUUCAUAUGCUGGGGUCAGUUGUGACGAUUGGAUACAUUCUGAGCGAAUUGAGUUGUUCUGGGUGAAUCAGGGUGGUCUUAAACUGACAAAAUCAGACUCUAGAUAUCGGAUAUCGGCUCCAGGUCAGUGUAUCAUCUCUCUGAAGACAACAAUCCUGAAUGAAGUUGACAACAGAGAGUGGAGAUGCAAUGUUACUCAAAGAAAUCAACUCCGAACCUCAACCACAUAUACUGGCAAGAGUUCAGUCAGCAGCUCAAACUCCGAGACGACAUCAAGACACACUCCAACAGCAGCUGAUAUACAAGUGAUCGAGAUUAUUGUUAAGUUUGCAGUAUUUGCAGUGUUUGCUGCUCCUACAGUGAUUCUUCUUCAGAUCAUCUGUGACAGAAGAGCUGAAAACAAAGCAAAACUCCCCACCACAAAGAAAUACUGA